AUAUCAUAGAUUUUUUUCAUGUACACAUCUAAUACAUAGACUGAGAUUAGGGUUUGUUUCUGACGAAGGCGGCUCUGUGCUCUUUGAUCCAAGUGCUCUGCUGAAUUGCUGCUCUGUUUGCGCGAUUGCCCCUGCGCGUUGGCGCCAUCCCUCAACAUGGGCGCGUACAAGUACAUUGAAGAGCUAUGGAGGAAGAAGCAGUCUGAUGUGCUGCGAUUCCUAUUGCGUGUGCGAUGCUGGGAGUACAGGCAGCUCCCAGGAAUCGUCCGCGUCACUCGCCCUUCUCGUCCUGACAAGGCCCGCCGUCUGGGUUACAAGGCCAAGCAGGGCUAUGUUGUGUAUCGCGUCCGCGUGCGCCGUGGAGGCAGGAAGAGGCCAGUUGCCAAGGGUAUUGUGUAUGGAAAGCCCAAGAACCAAGGUAUUACGCAGCUCAAGUUCCAGCGCAACUUGCGUUCUGUUGCGGAGGAGCGGGCAGGAAGAAAGCUUGGAGGCCUCAGGGUUCUCAACUCUUACUGGAUCAACCAGGACUCAACCUACAAGUACUUUGAGAUUAUCCUAGUUGACCCUCAACAUGCAGUUAUUCGCAAGGACCCAAGGAUCAACUGGAUUGUGAACCCCGUCCACAAGCACCGUGAGUUGCGUGGUCUGACUUCUGCUGGCAAAAAGUACCGUGGUCUCCGCGGUAGAGGUCAUUUAUACACCAAGGCUCGCCCUUCAAUUCGUGCUACAUGGAAGCGGAACAACACACUCUCUCUCAAGCGCUACCGUUAGAGCUCUUAGAUGUUCCGGCAACGCUGUUGCUAUUUUACAUGUUAACCUCACGGAUAGCUGUUGUUAUUUUAUUCAAGCACUCGUCAAAAUGUGGGCCUACCAUCGCUUGUGGUGAGUCUCACUCGGUUGCUUUUCACAUCA